GCAGGCCCGCGACGUGCCCGGCCGGCGACCGAGCGGCGGGGACGGCGUCCGGCGCACUCACUUCCGCGUCCCGCCGCCCUCCGGCUCGCGCGCGCCCAGCCACCGCCGCCAUCGGACAAUAGACCGCCCGCCCGGCUGCCGUGAACUUCCCGCCGGGGCCCGGCCGGCCCGUGUGCCCCGGAUCCCGAUCCCCGAUCCGUCCCCGCGCCGGCCACGAUCGCAACUCCGCGCCACCAGGGGAAGCCGCGGAGGACCGAGCGCCCGGUACGUGCUCGCGCCUUCCGCCGCCGCGCCUUCGCUCCGGCCCGGCCGGUCCGGGGCCCUCUGCGCUCGGCUCUCUGAGCAACUUUCCCUCCUGUCCGGCGGCUGCUGCCUUCUUGUGGGUGUCUUGAGUUUGGUUGCUUAAGGAGGAUGUGAUUUUUUUUUUUCUUCCGUAUUUCUUUUCCGUUUUAUGAUUUGAAACGGAGAAAAGAACUCACAGCCAGCUCGGACAGCCAAGAGCCGCCAGCCGCCCCCACGCGGACACCUCCGAGGGGAAGGGGAAUUGGAAGCAAAUUGGGCCCAAGUGACUUUGAGGCCUCAGCAUCCUCUGGACUCUAAGGCCCAGGGUCAUGACUCUCAUGGUGGGCAGGUGGAAGGCUGUACCUGUCCUGGGCUGGACUUGAGUGUCCGCCGUCUGCCAGGAACCCCGCCGCCCCACCUCCACGCACUCAACUAGGUUAGGCCGGGUCAGCAACAUGGAUAAGUACGACGACCUGGGCCUGGAGGCCAGUAAGUUCAUUGAGGACCUGAACAUGUACGAGGCCUCCAAAGAUGGACUCUUCCGAGUGGACAAGGGUGCAGGCAACAACCCGGAGUUUGAGGAAACCCGCAGGGUGUUUGCUACCAAGAUGGCCAAAAUCCACCUCCAGCAGCAGCAGCAGCAGCUCCUGCAGGAGGAGACCCUGCCCAGGGGGAGCCGGGGUCCCGUUAACGGCGGGGGACGCCUGGGCCCACCCGCCCACCGGGAAGCUGGUGGGGGCAGCAGGCUGGCCGCGGACGGCGCUGCCAAGCCCCCUCUCGCUGCCCCGACCGUGGCCCCUGGGACGACCACCACCGCGGCGCCUGGGCAGCCCUCGUACCCACCCCAGGAGCAGAGGGCCAAGCUGUACGUCCGGGGUUCGAGGCAAGGCAGCCAAGACUGUGGGUCCAAGGAGAGCAUGACGAGUUCUGAGAUGUGUGCUUUCCAUCGGCCGGGCCCCUGUGAGGAUCCCUCCUGCCUCACCCACGGAGACUAUUACGACAACCUGUCCUUGGCAGGCCCCAAGUGGGCCGACGACCCGGGAGUGUCCCCUGGCAUCAGGCUGGGUGUAGGAAGUGGGUGGUCUGGGACCCCAGGGAGCGACCCACUGCUGUCUAAGCCCUCCAGGGAGCCUCACCUGUACCACCAGCAGCUCUCCCCGGGCUCGGGCAGGUCUUUGCAGAGUGGCCAGGACUGUGGGCUUGGAGGAGGCAACAGCGAGAAGCCAGCGGGCGUCUGGACCACCGCCUCCUCCCAGCGAGUGAGCCCUGGCCUCCCUUCCCCGGGCCCAGAGAAUGGGGCCCUCCCGAGGUCUGCUCAGCCCAGGACCCCUUCUUUCUCAGCGCCCCUGGCCCUGAACCGGCCCAGUCAAGGGUCUCUUCCCAGAACAAACUCAGGGGUAGGGAGUGAGGUUUCAGGCACGAUGCCCAAACCCACUGCGGACCCUCAACCCUGGUUCCAAGAUGGGCCCAAAUCUUACCUUUCUAGCUCUGCCCCUUCAUCCUCGCCAGCCAGCAUGGACCAUAUGCAGGCGGGUGCCGUCCCUGGGCUGGGUCCCAAGCCUGGCUGUACAGAUUCUGGCGUUGGUCCCAAGCUCAGCCCCAACAGCCUUGUCCAUCCAGUGAUGUCCACCCUGCCUGAGUUAUCUUGUAAAGAAGGUGCCUCCGGCUGGGCCUCUGAUGGUAGCCUGGGGCCUGUGCUCCCAGAGACGCCGAGUUCUCCCAGAGUGAGGCUACCCUGCCAGACACUCAUCCCGGGCCCUGAGCUUGGACCCACGGCCGCCGAAUUAAAGUUAGAAGCCCUCACCCAGCGUCUGGAGCGGGAGAUGGAUGCUCACCCCAAGGCUGAUUACUUUGGAGCCUGUGUGAAAUGCAGCAAGGGGGUGUUUGGGGCCGGCCAGGCCUGCCAGGCCAUGGGGAACCUCUACCACGACGCGUGCUUCACCUGUGCGGCCUGCAGCCGGAAGCUGAGAGGAAAAGCCUUUUAUUUCGUCAAUGGCAAAGUGUUCUGCGAGGAAGACUUCCUGUACUCUGGUUUCCAGCAGUCCGCGGACAGGUGUUUCCUCUGUGGACAUCUGAUCAUGGACAUGAUCCUGCAGGCCCUGGGGAAGUCCUACCACCCCGGCUGCUUCCGCUGCGUCAUCUGUAAUGAGUGUUUGGACGGGGUGCCCUUCACCGUGGACUCAGAGAACAAGAUCUACUGUGUCCGGGAUUACCACAAAGUGUUGGCCCCCAAGUGUGCAGCCUGUGGCCUUCCCAUCCUUCCUCCUGAGGGUUCAGAUGAGACCAUCCGCGUCGUGUCCAUGGACAGAGACUAUCACGUGGAGUGUUACCACUGUGAGGACUGCGGCCUGGAGCUCAAUGAUGAAGAUGGUCACCGGUGCUACCCGCUGGAGGACCACCUGUUCUGCCACUCCUGCCAUGUCAAGAGGCUGGAGAAGGGCCCCUCGCCCGCAGCCCUUCGCCAGCACCACUUCUAGCCAGAGCCUCCCGCAGAUCUCACGGCCAGACAAGGAGCCAGGGCUGCACCCUGAGAAGCCCACCGGUUCAUCCCAGUCACCCCUGGGGUGGGACUGGGGCCGGGCGAGCAGGGGGAGGCAGGUGAUUUCCUGCGUGUGUGCAGGGGGUGCCUUUCCUUGAACCAGGGAGGGGAUCCCUGCCGGUCUGGGACUGUGUAUUUUCCAAGUGCCUUUCUCCACUGCCACAUCCUCAUCAGACGACUCAGGAAGACACCCUGGCAAGCGCGUGGCAUGUGAUGGAUCUCAGUAACGCGACCGAGUGAACCCUCCUGUCCUUCUGGGAGGGGCUCAUGCUUCAGAGGGAGAGACUUGCACUCAGCGCAUGCUCUGGAGAGAGAUUUCAGCUGCCAGUGUGUUCAGUCCUUUCCCUCCACUUUGGGAAAUACCUGCACCUAAACAUCCCCUCCCAACCACACACAGACACACACACACACCCUCCCAAACACACACACACAGACACACACACACCCUCCCAGACACACACACACCCUCCCAAACACACACACCCCCUCCCCGCCCCCACAAACACCCCUGCCCAACUGCGUACACACACACCCAAACACCCCCCCCCACACACACACACCAUAAUUUAAGACUUCCUUCCACUCCAGAGCUUCACUUCUGUAGAAUGGCUGCAAAUUUUAAUUGCAUCCUUGCAAAAGGGAAGUUCUAACAUGUGCUCUGCAUCUUAGGAGGAAUUCACUUGGUUAAAGCAGAACCAAGAUUUGAAAUGAGAUGGAAUUUCCUCCUCGUACCUGGAUAGCAUUUUGGUGCCCCUGCAGAUCCUCAUGCCUUUAAAGGCAGCCGGGGGGUCUGGCAGAGGUCGAUCCUGUUCUAUCCAAGUGGGCUUUGGGAUGAGAACUUGGUGCGGGCGCCAGGCCUCUUUUGCCCGCCUGUUUGCCCUUUUCCCUCUGGAGCUCUCGAGAGUCUGGAACUUCAGAGUUGCUCCUGCAAAGGCAGGAUUCAGGAUCUUCUGUGGGGAUCCUCUUGUGUUUCGCUUAUUUAACAUGGGCUUUGGGAAAGGGUGCCCGCAUGUACUGAGACCUAGCCCCUUAUAAACGAGGAGACUGUGUGUGUGUGAGAUCUCAAAGCCAGCCUGGGAGAGAGAAUCAGCAUAAGUUAUUAUAUUCAUUUCACAGGUUUCUCUCUCGCCCAAUUCCUGGCCCAGGCAUUACAUCUGAAGAAACCAGUUUAAGGUACACUGCUUUUGUCUGUGUUUUUUUUUCCCUUCUUUUUAAAAAAGUUGUUUCCCUCUACUUUCAGUCUCCCACACACACAAAAAAUACCUCACAGAAAAGAGCUUCAGAUUAAGGAGGGACUCAGCCAUCACGCUGGACGCAGCCAGUGCAUGUCAGGAAUCUCUGGCUUCGCCCAGGUCAGGCCAGUGGGUCAGAACACUGAAAUCAUAGCUAAGGGCCAGCUGGGGACAGAUCUGAUUGACACUGGGUACUCUUGCCUUAUUCACUGCAUCACCCUGGUUCCCCCAGGGUGGCGGGGGCUAAGGGCCACACACUGGCAGGAUUUCAAGGCCAAAGUCUGUCACACGCCCAAGGCCAGAGGUCAGUACCCUUUGGUAUUUCAAUGAGAAGAAAGGGGAAGAAAAAGCUUGGCUGGCACUCACCCUCUCAGCCCAUGGGGAGGAGCCCUGGGCCUUGCUGCAAGAAGGCAGGGGCCGUCUCACUGCUGCCAGCCCGGCCGGGAACACGGAGGCCGGCGGCUGCUCUCUGCCUCCUGGCCUCACACCCAGAGUCAGGGAUUGGGUGGCUGGGACCUCGGAGGGUGUCCGUGGAACCCAAAGGCACAAGGGACUCACAGGCUAUUCACUUCACUGGCCCUGCUCUGCUUCUAGGCCAUGUUUUGGCUCAUUUGGUGGCAGCUGCCUGUGAGCAGCACGGAACUGGCCGUGGCUUGGCUUCUCCAUUUCGGUUAAUUUCAUUCUGCUGGGAUGCUUUGGCCAGAUGUCUCUUCAACCCAGGCUGUGAUGUUUGCUUCCAUUGGUUCCUUUUCACAGGCUGAGCCUCUUAAAAACCCGUGAGUGUAGGGGGGCUAGGGAAGCCAACCCUGGGGUCACCGCUCCCUUCCCAGUACAUCAUCCAGCUCAGCCUCCGUGAGGCUGGUGGACAGAUGGAGCCAGUCAGUAUGUCUUAACCUGCCUCGGCCAACCUAGGUUGAUUUCUGGCCUUGAUGACAGGACUUUGCUCCACUUUCAAGUCAAGCAGAGCAAAGAAAACUGCCUUGGAGCCACGUCUGAAGUAGAGGAUUUGUUUGCAAAUUGGGUAACAGUUGACCUUUGAACAACACAGGUUUGAAUUGCCUGUGUCCACUGAUACGUGGCUAUUUUUCAGUAGUUAAAUACCGCGGGCAGUUGGUACUACACAAUCUGUGGUUGGUUGAAUCCACAAUGCAGGGGGACCAUGGUUACAGACGGCUGACUGUAAGUUAUAUGAGGAUUAACCCUAGGGUUGUUCGAAGAGCAACUGUUGUUUAAAAACCAGUGAUUGAUUUUUGAAAUGAAAAUUUUAAAGUGGACUCGACUGAGGCAAUUUCGGUAUCUCAGCAAAUAUUUCAUACCAUUGAAGAAGAACAGUAACAGAAUUUCUAGACAUUCUAGAAAUCUGAGCAGCAGCUUCUCUUAUUAUCAGGUUCCCCUGGAGAGGGUACUGGGUAGGAAUCUUGUGCCAGUUCUGUCUCCUCCUCAGGCCCUUGCACAAAAGCCAUGAGUAGAUGCACACUUACCAGGUAUUUUAAACUUUCUAUAAUUUAUUAACCAAAUCAAGCUGUAACAGGUAGUUAUUUAUAGGUGUGUAGAAAGAACAUGGGCUUUCCAGGUGGCACUAGUGGUAAAGAAUCCACCUGCCAAAUGGAGGAGACAUAAUAGACCCGGGUUCGAUCCGUGGGUCACGAAGAUCCCCUAGAGGAGGAAAUGGCAACUUACUCCAGAAUUCUUAUCUGGAGAAUCCCAUGAACAGAGGAGCCUGGCGGGCUACAGUCCAUAGUAUUGCAAUGAGUUGGACACAACUGAAGCAACUUAGCACGCACACACAGAAUACACAAGCGCUUCCUAGACCAGGAUGAGUAAGUUUGUUUCAAAAGGUAGAGCAGAUAGCCCUAUUUUGAGUUUCGACUUUAGAUAAAACAAGAAUUAUGGCUGAUUCCAGACCCCAGAGCCAGCCUCCAACCUUCCCCCUUGUUUCACUUUGCCCCUUAGUUUUUUUUCUUGUCAUUUUUUACACCCCAGCUAGGGUCCUUCAAAGACUGUCUGGGUGCCCUGAGCAAAGCCAGUUGGGCCUAUAGUAUCAGGAUUCUCUCUGCUGUUAUCCUCCCAUCCAUGGCUGAGUAGAAAGUGAUUUGUUCAUUUUUUAUAAGGAAGGGCAUUGAGUCCUGUUGGGUCAUUGUCUGCAUGUGGCGGCAGGACUCUGCUGCUCCGUGGUUAUAGCGCUUGAGUGGAAACCGCUUUCAGCCGAGUCCACUGGGGUUGUUCUCCUGAGUCCUGGGCGGCCAGUGAUGUAAUCAAAGAGUUCCAAUGCUUUCAGGUCCUGCCAUUGACUUGUUUCCCUGGGCUCGAGUCACCCACGAUGAAAAAGAAUAAUGUUAGAAUUUGAGAGAAUGAUCUGGAAUUCACACUUCUUUGCAGGCCAUGUUUAUGUGCUGUUUCCUACAAGUGUGAAAGUUUAGGAGGGCUAUGAUGGCUGCUGGUGCUCUUGCAAAGAACGUGUGCAAGACUUGACCCCAAACUGUUGCUGUCUGAUGCACUUAUUCAAACUAUGGGCCAGGAAACCACAUGCUUUGUCUUCUCCUUUGUGCCAGGAAUGAGUCCUGAUUUCCCAGUUACUAUCUGAAGUAUUAACAACUUUUAAAAGCUAUAGGAAAAAGAUGAGGAAGAUGUGUUAGCUAUCAUUUGUUCUGAGCCAGAACUGGACAGAUGUGGGAAAUUUCCAUAGAGUGGAUGAAAAGUUCACUUGGCAGAGAAAUCAUUGUCCCCUCCCUGUGUCUCUUCUUUUACUUUGAUUCAAAAUAUUGUUACUGUAAAAUUAUUCAUAAUUUUACUGUUACUAUAAAAUUAUUCAGAAUAUUGUUACUAUAAAAUUAUUCAGAAUAUUGUUAUGAUAAAAUUAUUCAAAAUUUUUUACUGUUACUGUAAAACUAUUCAAAAUCUCAUGACAAUAAAACUGCCUUAAUUUGUAGACUAUUAAAGUGAUCUCCACCAUAA